AUGCUUUAUAGAAGGUGCUUUGUUGGAUCUCGGUGGUGGGGUCUUGAUUCCAACGUACUGACCUUCUUGCAAAACUGCAAAGCCAACGCAGCUCAGAAUGCGAACCGCGCUUCUAAGGGCCCGGUACGGAGCAAGCAGCGUGUGCGCACGGGACGGACGGCGACCAGCGGGCGGCUACACACGGCGGCCGUGCGCAGGCCCGGGAGGUCACCCGCGCUGGGAGUCGGAUUCCGGGGAAGCAGGAGUCCCACCGACGGACCUCGGCGUCCGCGCCGGGGCGCGCUUUUCGUUACCCAAUACCUGCCGCUGCCUUUCUUCGCUUUUGCGCAAAAGCCAACGGGCGCUUCCCGCGCUCGGGACCAAAGACGCCACAAAGCAGGAAGGCGGUCGGGGCCCGGCGGGGAGCGGGCCGCCCCGCGACGCCACCCCUGGUCACCGGGCGCCGCGGGGCCGCUGGCGCGCGGCCGCUCGGAAACCCCGAGCCCGCAGGCCCCGCUCCCCGCCCCGCCGCGGGCCCGGGACCACCAGCAGCGCCGGGGACGAGUGACGCGCGAGGCCCCGCCCCCCGGCGCCGCCGGCGCUCGCGGCGCUGACGUGGCGCUGACGUGGCCCGGGCGGCGGCGGCUCCUCCCGGCGCGGGCAGCCACUCGUCGCCGCGAGAGAGGGGCGGGGUGGCCGGGGCCGCGUUCCCCGGGCCCGCUCCCGGCCCGCCCCGCCGCCCCGGCCCCCCGGAUGAGGGUAUAUAUUCGGAGCGGCCGCGGGACGCCGAGGAGUGGCCGCGCGCAGGCAGCCGGAGCCGGAGCCGCCCCAGGAGGUGAGGGGCACGCCCGCCCGCCCGCCCGCCCGCCCGGGGAGGGACGCGGGGCCCGGGGUCGCCCCGGGGUCGCCCCGCGCGCUCCCACGGCCCCGGCCCCGGCGGGGGAGCCGCCCCGCGCGCGCUUCCCUUUCGCGGAGAUGCCGCCGGGGAGCGCGCCCCAGCCGGGGGCGGGAUGGGGGUCGCCGAGCGGCUGCGGUGGCCUCACCUGGAUGUGGGGGGGCCUCGGGCCCGCCGGGCCGUGCGCCAGCUCGGGGGCCUCGGUGGGGACGUGUCGGCUGCAGCGGCCCGGGCCGUCGGGCCCUGGAGAGGGCGGGCCCCCCCCCCCGCAGACCCCCCCGCGCGGCCCCCCUGCGCGGCCCCCCCACGCAGACCCCCCUGCGUGGACCCCCCCGCGCGGACUUACCUUCGUGGACCCCCCCGCGCGGCCCCCCUGCGUGGACCCCCCUGCGCGGCGCGGCGCGGAGCGGUCCGGUCUGCGGGUCGGGGGCUGCACUGGGCGCUGGGGCGGGAGAGGGUGGAGGCCGCGGGUGUCCCCGGGUUCGGGGCCGAGAGCACACGUGUGGGAGUCGGGGAGCGGGAGGGUGCCGUCAGCGGCGCGCAGCCCAAGGACUUGCCGAGGUGGGAUCCUCGUGCGGGCCCAGGGGUUUACGGGAAGCCGAAGGCAGUUCCUGUGCCCUCCUGAUUGUGAGUUUGGCUCCGUUAGCUGGGAUUAG